AUGGCAUCACUAUGCAGAGCGCUAUGGAGCGUUCUAUCGCUAAGUUGUCUACUGGAGACGCACGCGCGAGUGCUCGUACAAGACGCUCGGCCACAACCCCAGCUCUACUACUUCCAAGACAAGGACUCACAGCAACAGCCGCUUGCCUCGACCGAGUACAGGCAGAUCCUACGCGAUCUUAUAGACGGCCUCGAUGUAAUGCAGGACGAAUACUUCGUCCUAUACGAAGGCACAUGGCCGACCGGCAAUGAUUGGACUAGGGCUGUCCACGGGACGCAUGUGUCAGCCACUCUGGCCGCAUUGACUGCAUCUGCGAACGAUGAACUCCUGGGGAAUUCGUCGACGGAUGGUGACAAGGAUAAGGAUGGGAACGAAAAAGAGAAUGCCAAUGACUCCAUCACCGAGAACUUCCUAGCUCUCGAGAACCUUGUCAGCCACUUCUUUGCGCAGGUCACGACAUACUACUUUGGAGAAAAUGCAUUGGGGCUUAGAGAUCAGGCUUACGAUGAUAUGCUGUGGGUUGUGUUGGGAUGGUUGGAGAAUAUCAAGUUCCAGAGGCUGCAUUCUGAUUUGCAUUUUGAGGGACAGGGCUCGUCCAAGUCCAGUGGACGGCCGUGGCAUGGGACACAGUUCCAGACACCCGCUGCGCAUCGGGCACGUAUAUUCUACGAGCUUGCGUCGAACGGGUGGGACACGACGGUGUGUGGAGGUGGAAUGAUCUGGAACCCGCAUUUGGGCGCGUAUAAAAAUGCCAUCACGAAUGAACUGUACAUAUCGUCGAGCAUUGGGAUGUAUCUCUACUUUCCUGGCGACCCGAUUGAUGCACCCUUUGUUGCUGCCGAACAGUCGGAGGAUGGUCUGCCGCAUGAUCCCUCCUAUCUUGAGAUGGCGCAAGUAGCCUAUAGUUGGCUCAAGCACUCCAACAUGACUGGGAUCUACAACUUGUAUGCCGAUGGGUUCCACGUCCGCGGCUAUCAAGGCCCUCAACAUCCAGGAACCGGCAGGUGCGACGUGCUCAACACAAUGGUGUACACAUACAACCAGGGCGUGAUUCUGAGCGGACUCCGCGGCCUUUGGUUAGCCACCGGAUCUGAAGAGUACUUAGCUGACGGACACGAACUCAUCCAAAACGUCCAACGGGCAACUGGGUGGCCGAACGUUUACGACCAGCAAUGGAAAGGCCUAGGCCGUGCAGGGAUCAUGGAAGACACAUGUGACUCCAACGGCGACUGCUCCCAAGACGGCCAAACCUUCAAAGGCAUCUUCUGGCACCACUUCGCCGAGUUCUGCCGACCCUUCCGCCCACAGGAAGAGCGUUUCCUCCGCACCCAAUCCUAUCAUGACUCGAGCUUCAGGCAGACCUACGACUGGCAUCAAAAGCUCUGCAGCACCUACCGCCCCUGGAUCGAGCACAAUGCCGAGGCGGCACUCGUCACAAGAAACGAAGAGGGCAAGUUCGGCAUGUGGUGGGGAAGACGAUACCGCGAGAUCGACGAGUCUGCCUCUACCAGCGAUACAUUCUUGCCGGAUGGCGCAGUGGAUUACCGCAACCACCCAGACACGUUCUGGUCUGCGAAUACAACAGGCCGGGAGCUAACAAAGGAGGCGGAGGAAGUUGAAGCCAAAGUGCCGGAUUAUAAUGAUCGCGGCAGAGGACGCACUGUGGAAACGCAGUCUGGGGGUGUAGCGGUUCUCAGGGCUUUAUACCAGUGGAAAACGGCGGAGUCUCUGGGGUGA